AUGUAUCCUAAAAGAUGCAUGGCCUUGCUGGCCGCCGCUUCUUGCAUACUCUUGCAGAGUCUCCCGGCGAGUGCAGACGAGCUCGCUAUCCUCGUUGAUCGCGACGAGAACCGCCACCUGCUGGAACGUCAUAAUAUCGCCAACACGGGCGCCCUGAGUUCAGCCGUUGCUUCCGCUACCGAAACUUCUGGUGAAGAGACCGCAAAUCCCUGCUCAACUUCAACUGGGUCUACUGGUGCACCUGGUGGCGGUACCUCCCCUGGAGGAGGAACUAGCCCUAUCCUGGCGGCGGCACCUCUCCUGGCGGUGGUACAUCCCCUAGAGGAGGUACUUCUCCUGGUGGCGGCACUUCUCCCGGUGGUGGUACUUCUCCUGGCGGUGGUACAAGCCCUGGCGGUGGCACUUCUCCUGGCGGUGGUACAUCCCCUGGCGGUGGUACAUCCCCUAGAGGAGGUACUUCUCCUGGCGGCGGCACUUCACCCGGUGGUGGAACUUCCCCUGGUGGUGGUACAAGCCCUGGCAGUGGCACUUCACCCGGUGGUGGAACUUCCCCUGGUGGUGGUACAAGCCCUGGCGGUGGCACUUCUCCUGGUGGUGGCACUUCUCCUGGCGGUGGUACUUCUCCUGGCGGUGGUACAUCCCCUAGAGGAGGUACUUCUCCUGGCGGCGGCACUUCUCCCGGUGGUGGUACUUCUCCUGGCGGUGGUACAAGCCCUGGCGGUGGCACUUCUCCUGGCGGUGGUACAUCCCCUGGCGGUGGUACAUCCCCUGAGAGGAGGUACUUCUCCUGGCGGCGGCACUUCACCCGGUGGUGGAACUUCCCCUGGUGGUGGUACAAGCCCUGGCAGUGGCACUUCACCCGGUGGUGGAACUUCCCCUGGUGGUGGUACAAGCCCUGGCGGUGGCACUUCUCCUGGUGGUGGCACUUCUCCUGGCGGUGGUACUUCUCCUGGCGGUGGUACAUCCCCUAGAGGAGGUACUUCUCCUGGCGGCGGCACUUCACCAGGUGGUGGAACUUCCCCUGGUGGUGGAGGUACAAGCCCUGGCGUUGGCACUUCUCCUGGUGGUGGUACUUCUCCUGGCGGUGGUACAAGCCCUAGUGGUGGUGCUAGCCCAAGCUCUAUCGGUAGUCCCGGCGGCGGCACCUCUCCUGGUGGUGGUACUUCUCCUGGCGGCGGCACUUCACCAGGUGGUGGAACUUCCCCUGGUGGCGGUGGUACAAGCCCUGGCGGUGGCACUUCUCCUGGUGGUGGCACUUCUCCUGGUGGAGGCACAUCUCCCGGCAGCGGUGCAAGCCCUAGUGGUGGUGCUAGCCCAAGCUCUACCGGUAGUCCCGGCGGCGGCACCUCUCCUGGCGGUGGCACAUCCCCUGGUGGUGGUGGUACGUCCCCUGGCGGUGGAACUUCUCCUGGUGGUGGAGGUACAAGCCCCGGUGGAGGCACUUCUCCUGGAGGUGGUAACUCCAGCGGAUCUAGCUGCCCUGAGAUCUCUUCUAUCUGUGCCCCAUUCUUCCCCACUGCAACUGCGUCUACAGUGACAGUGACAGUGACUAGCUGUCCAACAUCUGGCGGUGGUGGUCCGUCAGGAGGUGGCCCGUCUGGAGGAGGCUCAUCUGGCGGUGGUCCCUCUCGCGGCGGUUCAUCUGGAGGUGGUCCAUCAGGUGGAGGUGGAGGUGGGAACCCAGGCGGAGGUGGAGCGGGUGGAGGUGCUGGCGGAGGAAGCAGCAGUGCUGGUGGUGGCGGCGGUGGUGGUGGAAAACCCUCAACCUCUGGCGGAGGCGGAGCGGGUGGAGGAUCGAGCAAUCCUUCGAGCAGUGCAACUGGCGGCGGAUCUGGAAGUGCAUCUGGAAGUGCAUCUGGAAGUGGAAGUGGAAGUGGAAGCGCAAGCACAACCAACCCCGGAUCGCAAACUACUUCCAAGAGCUCGACUCCCUUCAUCCCCAGCACUCGUACAACCAGUGCAGCUAGUACAACCAGCGGGCCAGUUUCCACAGCUUCCACACCUUCUACCUCAAGCUCAAACCCAGGCUCUAGCCCCAGCACCUUGACAAGAGUACCGUCGUCGACCACACCCCCAGAAUCGUCUCCAUCCACAACUCCAGAGACAUCUCCAUCUACGACUCCAGAGACAUCUCCAUCCACAACCCCAGAGACGUCUCCAUCUACGACCCCAGAGACAUCUCCAUCUACGACUCCAGAGACAUCUCCAUCCACAACCCCAGAGACGUCUCCAUCUACGACUACCGAAGAGUCCACGACCACCGGCGAAUCCAGCACCACCCCCGAAGCGUCGCCCACAGAAAAGGCCAAAGAGAAAGGAAGUCAUUUUCAACGACGAGACUCCAAUGUGAUUCGGCGGGAGCCCGGUAUCGUUAAACGGGGAGUGCUGAGGAAUAUAACCACGCCGUUCACUAACACGAGCAGUACUUUCUCGAAUGCGACGACUGCUCUUAACGUAACCCAUGCCUCGACUCAAUUCACCGCGACGGCGACGAAUGUUCACCCUUCGAGGCCGCACUGGGGUCGUAUUUGGAAUUAA